GGUAUAUAUACACCUAUACAUCGACAUAGUACGUAUCUAAAUCGGUGCGGUACUAAGCAGCUGCAACUCGUACAUCGCAAUCAAGACAAAAAAAAAUAGUUAUCCACCAAGAUGGGUAUCCCGACUGAUAUCACGCUCUACACGGCGGGCACGCCCAAUGGCAUCAAGGUUUCCAUCCUGCUGGAGGAGCUUGGCCUAGAGUACAAGGUCCAUAAAAUUACUAUGAGCACCAAUGAGCAAAAGGAGCCUUGGUUCCUUGAGAUCAACCCCAAUGGUCGCAUUCCCGCCAUCACAGACAAGUGGACUGACGGAUCCGACAUUCGUGUCUUUGAGAGCGGCGCCAUCCUGCAGUAUCUCGUGGACCGCUAUGACAAGGACCACAAGGUUUCGUAUCCCAGGGACUCCAAGGAGACGUGGGAGGUGAACAGCUGGCUUCACUGGCAGAUGGGUGGCUUGGGUCCUAUGCAGGGACAGGCAAACCAUUUCAACAGAUAUGCACCUGAGAAGAUCCCAUACGGCAUCAACCGCUACGUCAACGAGACCCGUCGUCUCUACUCCGUCAUGGAAGCACAGCUCGCAAAGUCCACUUCGGGCUACCUCGUCGGCGACCGCGUGACCAUUGCUGAUGUUGCCGCCUGGGGAUGGGUUGCCGCUCACGCCUAUGCUGGCGUCUCGCUGGACGAGUUCCCGCACGUCGAAAAGUGGCUCAACACGCUUCUCCAGCGGCCGGGCUUCGAAAAGGGUCGCAAUGUGCCUGACAAGCACACGGCGCUUGAGACGGCGAAGUUGACGUCUGAGCAGAUGGAUGAGAUGGCGGCGAAGACGAGGGAGUGGAUUCAGCAGGGCAUGAAGGAUGAUGCGAAGAAAUGAGAGAGAGCGUUUGUGUAUGUGUGUGGCAUUUUUUGCGUGACGCUGAGAAUGAAUGUGUUAUUAGUGGCGAUGAAUAUACCGCUAAUACGAGAAAUGAAAAUUGAAGUUUUAUUA